AUGGAGCGCCCCUCAAAAAGGGCCAAGGUCUCCUCAGAGCCUGAACUCGCGGAGAAUUUGAGCGUGACCACGCCUCUAACAUCUCUUCAUAGGCAGAUCAGCCCACCGCCGGCGCGAUCUCAGAAGCCAGGUCCAUCAUCCCAGUCUACAUGCUCUACUGCACGGAAUGAGGACACGGAUGAUUUGACUGGCCCUGGAGCUAUAGAGCCCUUUCCAAGGAUAGAAUGUAUCAGCUCCCCUAUUCAACUCACGCAUAUCCGGGAUCUCCCCACCACAAACAAUGUCGACACCGUGAAACUGCGUGAUAUCCUCGGGGAUCCAAUGAUUCGCGAGUGCUGGCAAUUCAAUUACCUCUUUGAUGUCGAUUUCUUGAUGUCUUAUUUUGAUGAAGAUGUCCGAAGUCUCGUGCAAGUCAAGGUCGUGCAUGGGUCGUGGCAGAAGGAGGCCGCUAAUCGGAUUCGCAUUGAAGAGGCCUGUUCGCGAUAUCCUAACGUCGAACCUAUUGUGGCCUACAUGCCUGAGCCUUUCGGGACACAUCAUUCCAAGAUGAUGAUUCUUCUUCGACAUGAUGACCUAGCCCAGAUUAUAAUUCAUACCGCAAACAUGAUCCAAGGUGACUGGACCAAUAUGACCCAAGCGGUCUGGCGUUCUCCUCUUCUCCCUCUGGAGAAACCAAAACCAUCAACAGAAUCGCAAGCAAAGUGUCUAAAGUUUGGCUCAGGUGCACGUUUCAAAAGGGACCUUCUCGCAUAUCUGAAAGCAUACGGGCCCUCGAAAACUGGCGCUUUAGUCCGACAGUUGAAUGACUUUGAUUUCAAAGCUGUUCGCGCUGCCCUGGUAGCUAGUGUUCCGUCUAGACAACAUGCUAGUAACUCUAACUCAGAUGAGGAUACACUCUGGGGUUGGCUUGCUCUGAAAGAUGCGACGAGCCGUAUACCUACAGCCCAGAAAGGCGACGAAUUGCAAAAGGGUAACACAAUUCAACCACAUAUAGUGAUUCAGAUCUCUUCGGUCGCAACCUUGGGUCAAACCAACAAAUGGCUCAGAGAUGUCUUCUUCAAAGCUCUCGCUCCAAAAUCAAGCACCACCCCCAACUACUCCAUCGUCUUCCCAACCCCAGAUGAGAUCCGUCGCUCACUGGAUGGCUACGGUUCAGGCGGAUCGAUUCAUAUGAAGACCCAAAGCGCCGCACAGCAAAAGCAAGUCCAAUACCUGCGACCUCAUCUCUGCCAAUGGGCAGGAGACACCCUUAUGCCAGGUGCUCAAAUCAACUUAUUAGACGAGUCAAAACGCGAAGCAGGUCGCCGCAGGGCAGCGCCUCACAUCAAAACCUAUAUCUGCUUUGCAAACAAAGAUAAGAAAACUAUAGAUUGGGCAAUGGUGUCAUCGGCAAACCUAUCCACGCAGGCCUGGGGCGCGGCGACGAAUGGUAAUGGCGAAGUUAGAGUUUGCAGUUGGGAGAUUGGCGUCCUCAUAUGGCCUGAUCUUUUUCGAAGUGGAUUGGAGGAUGAGAAAUCACCGGACGCGGUGAUGGUCCCUUGUUUUAAAGAAGAUACUCCUCGUUUUUCCGGAGACGAGAAAGACUCCAUGGUGGUCGGUUUCCGCAUGCCGUAUGAUCUUCCUUUGACUCCUUAUGGUGCUUCUGAUGAGCCUUGGUGUGCGACUGCUGAGUAUGAACUUCCGGACUGGAGAGGCCAGAGCUGGACUUGA